AUGGCUGAUCCUCAGCAGCCAACCGCCGAUAUCUACGCCAUUGUUGCGUCCAAAAUGGGAAUGCCGGUAGCUGCCCGAACUGGCAUCUGGGAAUGUCUUCCCGGUUUAUACGGUUCAGAUUUCCACGCAUUUCUGCGGGAGUCGACUACGGUCAUCACUGGCCGCUGUGACAUUCUACUGCGAGCCGUUGCAACAGCCGCAGUGGCCAUCAUGUCCUACUGUAUUGACCGCGGCUGGUCACACGAAUUCGCGGCGUCCAUUGUGACACAGGACACAAUUUUGGGUAUUUUGGUUCACCAUUUCGAGGAGGUAUCCCGCGAGUGCGAUCGAGGACUUGCGGCCAUCGCAACUCGACCCUCGAAGUGGCGUGCUGUUGCCCUGACCAAUUAUCUGUUGGUCAAUUUUCAGUUCCGAUUUCUGGCAAUCAACCCAAUGCUCAGAAAGCCAGCGAUCGCGGACCUCUCUGGGUUCCUUGCAAUGAACCCGCGCAACUUCCGCCCACCUCAUCAGCUAGGUGAGGCGCCCGACGACGAGGACGACUCGUCCUCUGGAUCAGAAUUCCAGUAA